CAUGAGCACUAUUUAACCGAAAUAUGCAACAUAUCAAAUAGAUGGCACUGGUAUUCGUCCUUUCAUUUCUAAAUUAGGCAGAGAUAUGUAUAUCUCAUUUAAUAAUGGCGGAACUCUUAAAACUAUUCCAACCUACAGCCAGUAAAAAUAUCAUAGUGUAACUCCUCAAAGAAGAAACAGCAGAAGCAUUAGUCACAAUACAAAAAUGAUUCAUUAUCAUAAUAAUGGAACUGGAAGAGAUCUUUACAUUUCGUAAAAUUAUAUUAUAACUUUUAGUUAAGAUUCUGAUCUCUCUAAUACUUCCUUCUUAAGAGGUUUGCGUAAUUAUGAAAGAACCUAUCAAACACCCAAAAAAUUUAGAAUUAGAAUUAAUAAAUAUAUAUGA